AUGCCAAGACCAAUCAAUCCAAAUUCAGCGACAACAUUCCCACGGGGUAGGGCAGCGACCAAGCUGGCAGAGCCUGCCCUCAUCGCCAUCAUCGCUCCGCUUCAACGUCCUCCGCCAACUUUCACGCCCAGCGACGCACAGUCUGCAGUGUCCCCGCCGGGCCUCAGUCUCUGUAUCCAACUAAACGGCUGGCACAACCUUUUCUCCUCUUUCUUCUCUCUUCUCGUCAGCUACAACCACGACGACGACGGCUUUACCCAGCAACAAUUCGAACAAAUUCCGAAUUGGCCGACCUCAACCUUCGCUCCACCGACCUUCCUCAACCAACCGAUCUCAGCCACCAUCCGCAUCUAA